UCAAACCCGGUAGAGUGUGUAAGCAUGUGUUCAUGUUGGUGUUCCGUGAUCAAACUCUAGUGUGUUUACAGUUAAAGUGCACUGUUAGUUAGGGUUAGUAACUAACCCUAACCCACUGAGUGUGUGUGUGAGUGAGUGAGUGUGUGUGAGUGUGUGUGUGAGUGAGUGUGUGUGAGUGAUAUAGUUAGUGUGUGUGUGUGUGUGUGUGUGUGUGUGUGUGUGUGUGUGUGUGUGAGUGAGUGAGUGAUAUAGUUAGUGUGAGCACGAUGAGCAGUGUGUGUAGAGAAGUGCUCACUCUGCAAAUCGGACAUUACUCCAACUUUGUGGGGACUCACUGGUGGAACCUGCAGGAUGCGUCUCUGUGUUAUGACCCUGACGUCCCACCAGAUGAGCUGCAGAGUGAUAUGCUGUUCAGAGAAGGUCUCACCCUGGGGGGUGAGGUCACCUACACACCUCGCCUUAUUGCCCUUGACCUGAAAGGAAGUCUACAGACUCUAAAGAAGGACGGCUGUCUGUAUGCCACAGAGCAGGAGAACAACACCUUCACAUGGGAGGGUGAUCUAGUCACACAUGCAGAAGCUCCUUCAGCUAAAAACUUGUUCCUGCAGGACCUUGACAGGCUGGAUACAGGUGAGUUGCUUGCAGAGUCAGACUUUACCAGUCCACCUGCUCUGGCCAAACACGCUUCUUCAGGAAACAUGGUUCCCAUGGAAACAGUGAACAGUAGGUUGGAGCAAAUGCAGCGAUCCUAUAGGCUGGAGGACCGUGUGAAGGUGUGGUCAGACUUCCUGAGGCUCCACCUACAUCCUCGUACUGUAUCGAUCAUCAAUCAGUACAAUCAUAAUGGUGAGGCUGCGCGGUUGGAGGCAUUUGGUCAGGGGGAGGCGCUGUUACAGGGCUCUGUACUGGAGGAGCUGGAGGAUAAACUCCAUUUUUUCAUAGAGGAGUGUGACUACCUGCAGGGGUUCCAGGUAGUGUGUGACAUGGCUGAUGGUUUCUCAGGUUUGGGGUCAAAGGUCACAGAGCUACUGCAGGACUCCUACAGUGGGCGGGGCAUUCUGACAUGGGGUGUGGCUCCUGUCAGUCACCCUGACUCAAGUCCGAUUAAGGAUGUGCAUCACAUGAUGAACUGUGCUCUAGGAAUGCUGCACAUGUCCAAUAACAGUUCGAUGUUCUGCCCUUUGACCCUGAGGGGUGGGAUGGGGAGAAGUCCAGCUCCACCCACCACAUUUCCUCUCCUCAGUUAUGAUCCAUGUCUCUGGUAUCACAGCAGCUCUGUGUUAGCUCUGGCUCUCGACACGCUGACUGUCCCCUACAGGCUGAGGCAGAACUGCGCCCCCAUGUGGCAGCUGGCAGAUGCACUGACUGUCUCAGGCAGGAAGGUUGUGUGUGCAUACGGAUCUGUUCCGUUUCCCAUGAUGCACGGCAGCUGCCUUCCUGAUGCACUAAAUGCCUGUGGUGACACGUUACCAUGGAAACCUCUAUCAGGAUGCCCCGAGCGGGCCGACAGCCAAUGCUUUGGGCAAUCGGUGACACUUCGGGGGCUGGAGGGGCGGAGCCGAGUGAGUUGUCUGGUUCCUGGAACAGAACCUCCCUCCAUUCUACACUGUGCUCAGUCAGGAGAAGAAGUACUGAACACACACCUCAGAACACACUACCCGUCUUCACCACUAGCAGUACAGUUGCUUUACUCCCCCAGUAAACUGACUCCGCCCUUUCCUCAGAUCUUCAGCCCAAACCUUGACUCUCAGGGUUUAAUACGGAAUGAAACGUCCACCAGCGUGUCCCCCCUGACGGUUCUGUCUCUUCCUGUGAUGUCCAGUUUGCAGUCCAGUUCAUCCGUGUCUUCUUUCUUAGCCGAGCUUCAGAAGUCCUGCAGCGCCAUCGAUUUACGUCGAGUUUCUCCCAGUUUCCUUUCUCACGGAGACCAAUCUGAAAUCGCAGAGAGCCUCGAGCAGCUGCGGACACUCGCUCACUGUUACCGUGACGACAGUAGUGGCAUGGUGCACUCUUCCUCUGAUGAUGAUGAUGAUUAGCUCGGUAUAAACGAUCUAAGAGCAAAUGCAGAAUCUGGAUCAGUUCUGCUUUGAAUCUUCACUCGGCUAAGUGACAGACUGAAGGACUGGAGGCUGGUGGAAGGUACUGAUGGUGAGAAGGUUCAGCUGAACGGUGGAGGAAGAGGUGGAGGAAGAGGUGGAGGAAGAUCUGUGUUCAAAAACACUCCCUAUGAUCAUAGAGGGGAGAGAGAGCGUGUAGGAGACCGAGAGAAGCUCCCACUCGAGGUGUUUCACCAAACUAUAUAUAAUUUAAAGAACAGCAUGCUGUGUGUCGUCUGAUAGAAAUAAACUAGAAUAUCUAAAGUCUCUCAUUGUGCUUUAUUUUAGCAUGAAGAUGUUGUGACUGCAAUAAAAGCUUUCUUAAUAAA